AUGGGGGUUUCAGGAGAUAGUUUGGUCGUCAGCAAUUCACUUCCGGCCCAGUGCUCGGUGUUUUCCGCUGAGGCAGCGGCCGUCUUUCACGCAACCACCCUUCCGGCCAAUCAGCCGAUCCUCAUCGUUACCGACUCACAAAGCGCAAUAAUGGCCCUAACCGAUGAAGCACCAAAGCAUCCGUGGAUACAAGGGACGGUAACGCAUGCGCCGCCCAACACCGUAUACAUGUGGGUACCCGGGCACUGUGGCAUCCAGGGGAACGUGAUCGCCGACCACCUCGCCGGCUCAGGCCCCAUCGGACCCAGGUUCUCUGACAAUGUUCCGUUCCAGGACAUCAAGAAAUGGAUUAAGCGGACGGUUCGGAGAGCGUGGGACAACGAGUGGAGGAACAAUCGAACUCACCAACUACGAAAAAUCAAGGCGACCACCGAUCCCUGGAAGGAUCGACCGAGCCUCAAGGAGCAGCAAGUGGUGUCCAGGCUGCGCACCGGGCAUAGCAGGGCCUCCCAUAAUUUCGGAGGAACACCGUUCCGGAGAACCUGCGAAACCUGCGGAGUGCCAGCCUCCGUAGAACACAUCCUCAUCAACUGUGUGGAGCUCGAGGACCUUCGGGUUGCCUUCGGUCUGGAGGGAACCAGCAUACGAAGUCUGCUUGGCGACGAGUCCCCGGCAGCAGACGCCCUCAUCGCCUUCCUGAAGGAGGCGAAUCUUUUCUACAACAUUUGA